UGCGGACGGUCUUCCUCCCGGCUAGGGUUUACGGAAAGGGGGUUUAAUCAGCGGGGGAGUGCGUGUGGAGGGAGGGCAGCUUCAAAUUUGAAUCAAUUCUUCCUCCCUCAGAUCUCCUCCGAUCUCUCUCGGACAGUGUGUAAGUCUGAGUGAGGGCGAGGGGGGGAGAGCUAGAGUCGCAGCCAUGGCGUUUUCUCUCUUUAGCCCUUCUCCUCAGCAACCCCAGCAGCCUCUCUUCCAGUCACCCCUCAAUCCAUUCCAGCAGCAACAGCCACAGCUACAGCCACAGCCACAGCCACAGCAAUUGCUUUUUCAGAAUCAACAGCAACAACAGCAGCAGCAGCAACAACAGCAGCAAGUUCAUUAUCUCUUCACCACAGAAAAGGCGCCGGCAACCUACCAAACCAAGUGGUCGGAGCUCCACCCCGAUUCUCAGAACAUCCUUCUCAAGAUCGAGGAGCGAAUUUUGGAGUAUAGGGAUGAAAGCCAAAGAUUGGAUCAGUGUGCUCGCCUUUUUGAUACGUCAGUUUCUAAUGAUGCUUUUGAGGUUGAUGCUAGCCGCAUUGUCCAGGAACUUGGAGGGAUUAGCACUGCAAUGGAACGAGAAAAAGUCACACUUCAGGAGCUAAUGAGUGUUGCUAAAGGUAUGAUAAGAAAUGCGGAGGUCGCUGUCCGAUCAUUUAUGAUGCUUCAACCUAGGUUUGUUCAUCCUAAUGCUUCAGCCACAUCCAGUAGUACUUCUGUUCAGACUUCAGGAGCUGCUACCAUUCCAAGUGCAGCUGCCCAGCCAAAGGCAGCUUCAAUUGUACCUGUUUUCGACUUUUACAGUGGCUAUCCUAAACGGCCUUCUCCUUUUCUGCAACAAACUGUGCUUCGAUUUGAAAAGCGUAUUACUGAAUGUAGACAGUGGAUAGAAGAGUUGGAGCAUCUGCUCCUUUCAGAUGCUGAUGACACUAAGGGUUUGAUCUCUAAUCUAGCAGUAUUACAGUCUCUGCCAACAGUGAUUUCAAAUGUGCAUGAUUUCUUUGUCUAUGUUGCUGCCAAGGUAGAGACUCUUCAUCAGCAUAUUGAGUCCAUGAGAACUGCUUAUCUCACUGACCAGCGACUCCGAGGGGAUGAAAAUGACCCAUUUCUUGAAGCAGACAGAAGGGAAACCGCGAAGAGAGAAGCUGCUGCUAGAAGAGUCCAUCCAACUUUACAUGUACACACUCUGUCUCAGCCUUCCACUCAAGCUGCUGGCUUGUUUUCCAGCUCUGGAGCCUCCCAAGUUCCUGUCCUUCAGUUACCAGCAGGAAGUUCAAGUUCAUCAAGCACUGGCCUUUCGAUUUUCAGCACCCCAACGAGUUCUGCUACUUCUGCAUCCUCCUUGUCGUCUUUUUCCUUUUCUACUCCUUCAGCCUCUGCUCCAACAUCUAGCAUUUUUGGUGCAUCUGGCUCUUCACAGCAAACAUCACUCUUUGGAACUCCAUCAGCAUCCUCUUUAUUUGCAACCCCACAGGCACAUUCUCUUUUCGGCACACCAUUUGCUUCUACCCCUGCAACUGGAAGUUCUCCGUUCUCAGUUACUCCUGCCUUUGGGGCUGCUACUGGCUCUGGAGCAAGCUUUGGUGCUGGCACAAAAACUUCUAAGCCCAAGAGUCGAACAACGCGUCGCUGAUCAUUUUUGCCACGCCUUUGUACCAUAAGUGGAAAAGAAAUGUGUCGAGUUCCUUGCAUAUAACAUGGCAGAGAGAGAGAGAGAGAGAGAAAGAGAGAGAGAGAGAGAGAGUUUGCCAUGAUGGUAAGUUUGCUCCUGCAGCUACCUCGAAGCUAGAGAUGUUGGCUGCGAUCUUUCAGAACGGUGUUGAUUCUUCAACCCUACUGCCAUUUUCCGCAUUGCAUGUGAACUGUUAAGGCUGAAGUGACUUUCUUUUUGUGUGCUAUUGAAAAUGUAACACUAAUUUGGAUGUAAUCAGUUGUAUUUAUCAAACCUGUCUUAUCUAAGCUGUAUACGCUUCAUUGGAACUUGUCUA